AUGGACUACGUACCACAGUGGUUGAAGGGCUCCGAUGUUGACGCGAGGAGCAUCCGCUAUCGCGGCACUGUCGUGGCUGCAUCCUAUUGCCCGCCCUCCAACCUCACCGGCUCCGGCUCCCUGGACGCCCUCAAGGCCAGGUUCACUGAUGCUGUCACGCGCGUUGCGCUGGCCCAACCUCAUUUGCACGUCGGUAUCGCGGGCGAGGAUACGGCUAAGCCAACCUUUAUCCGCCUCGAGGCACUUGAUCUCCGGAAUCACGUUCACUGGAAGACCUUUGAUGAUGCCGUUUCCCGAGAAAAGCAGUACCUGGAAGAGUUGAAAUUGCAGCUUGACUCCAGGUACGACAAUCUUGCCACACAGCCCGGCUGGAGGGUUAUCAUCUUGCACGACGCUGGAGCCGAGUCCAUUGAGGUAUUGUACGUCUGGAACCAUCCGCAUCACGAUGGCAUGGGCGGCAAGAUAUUCCACCAACAGCUGUUCCAGCAUUUGAAUAACAAGGAAAACAUCAGCGAGCCCCUAACAUACAAGCUUCAAGACGACCCCGAGUGCUUGAUCGUCAAACUUCCCGAGUCUUCCGACAGACUGCCACCUCCCCCCGAAGUGUUGACAGCGUUUCCCAUGACCACUCCAUUUUUGCUCAAGAAGCUGUGGAAAGAAGUGAAACCAUACUCCUUUUUUCCGCCGACGAGUGUCCAUGCCACGUGGGCCCCAGUGAAGCUGGAGCCCUUCACAACUCGCUUUCAGUCCUUCUCCAUCGACAAUGACACGGUCGUAAAGGUGGUAGCCUCUUGUCGUCGUCACCAAACGACCGUCACUGGCCUUCUUCACGCCCUUGUCCUGCUGUCUCUUUCAUCGGGACUCGGUGAUAUGAAGGGCUUCGCGGCCAGGACACCAUAUGACCUACGGCAUUAUCUACCGUCUCACACCAAAGAGUACCCUUGGCUAGUGCCAAAGGAGACUAUUUGCAACUACGUGUCUAUCCUGGACCACGAAUUUCACCCUGACCUUGUUGCAAAAAUCCGAGCCGACUUCUCUCCCGAUCGCGUCGCAGCAGAAGAGCCUCUGUCUGCCGACAUCCUGCACACCGUCUGGUCUGUUGCAGCUCGCGUCCGGCAAGAAAUCAAAGACAGGCUGGACUCUGGCAUAGUAAACGAUAUGAUUGGCAUCAUGAAGUUUGCGGGAGACUGGCGGCCCCAGCAGGAGAGCGAGGCCCGGAAACCGAGAUACUUGUCCUGGCUCGUCACCAACCUGGGCGUUCUAGAAGGGGGACUUGGCAAAGCCGAGAAUGAGAGGCAGGGAGAUGAUUGGACUAUACAUCGGACCCAGCUAUUUUUGAGCACGGAAGUUCCUUCUGCCGCGAUAUCCGUCGCCGCUUCAACAAUAAAGGAUGGGCAGAUGGAUAUCACGUGCAGCUGGCAGGACUGUGUGGUUGACCCGGAUCUUGGGGCGAAUCUAAUGAGGAACCUCAAUCGAUGGUUGACAGAGAUUGGAUCAUCAGCCUAA